AUGUGCCUUUUGGCGGCUCCGUGCAAAGUCGCGGCGCACGUGUUGCGGCCGGGGGCGGCCCCGGGCUGCGGGACCGCCCGGGACGCGCCGGCCGCGGGGAGCCCCGGGGAGCCGCGGCUCCUCCUGCCCUUCGCGCCGGACCCGGACCUGGUCCCGGUGCCGGUGCCGCCGUGUGACGCGUCGUGGAGCAGCCAUCGGCCGCAGCAUCAGGUCGGUACCGCGCCCCCCGCGCCCCCUCGCCUCGCCGAUCCCGCCGCCGCUGCCGCCGCCCGUUUCUUGCAGGACCCGGCGCGGAUGCCGCCCCGCACCUCGCCCCGUGGCGACCCAGCUCCGACACCUGCCGGGCUGGCCCGUGGGCCGGCCGUGCGCCUCGAGGGCUCCGCCGCGGAGGUAAGCGGGGCGCCGCCCGCCCCGGAGCCCGGGUGCUGCGGGGAUGUCCCGGCCGUGCCUGCCGGCACCUCCCGGCCCGGCGGUGCGCGCCGCCAGCCCCUCCGCUCCCCUCGCCACCCAGGGCAGCUGGUGUUCGCCGACCGCCCCCGCGGGCCGCCCGUCACCCUGCGGGCCCGCUACAUCCUCAUGCACGACGGCGGGGAGCUGCACAUCGGCUCGGAGCUCUGCCCCUACGGCUCGCGGGCCACCGGCUCGCUGUACGGGCGAGCCGCCGAGGGGGCGGCCACGGAGAGCUGCGGGCAGAAGUUCGUGGGCGUGGGUCGCGGCGGCAUUCCAGACCGGCGCCGCCGCUCCCGGGCCCUCCUGGACAUGACGCUGCAUCCCGGCCGGCUCCGCCACGGCCCCGACUCCUCCGAGAGGCGCUGGGGCAGCCGCGGGCUCAGCCUGCGCCUCCUGGACGGCGGCACGGCGCGGCUGCUGGCGGGGGCGCUUCCACAGCCACCUGCGGCCGGGCUCAGCGCCCUCCUGGCCCGGCAGCCCCCGGUAGCCCCCGGCAGGGUGGUGGCGGCCGCCCUGGGGGACUCGGCCGCCCGCAGCCUCACGCCGGAGACGCGGCUGCUGCUGCGGGACCGCCUGGGCAGCAGCUUCAUCGUCCGCCUGCGCUACAGGCAGUCCUGGGCGCUGGUGGGGAUUCUCGGAGGGGAUCAGCUUUCCAGAGCAGAAGAUAAGCAGGAGUGUAACGGGAGUGGAACAACGGGGUUAGCCAUAGCCCAAAGAGAUUUCCUCACAUAUGAUGGCACCUGUUUUACUGUUACUUCUUCCAAUGGAUGGAUGGAAGGUGUGUCUCAUAGUGGAUUUAAAGUGGAAGUGUCCAGAGGAAUAAUUCUUCAUCUGGUGGAUGGGGUUACAAGUUGGUUACUUGGUGACGGUAUCGUCACUGCCAGUACAGAUUAUUUUAUGCAUCGGCCUGAAGAGUUUAGUCUUUUUCCUUGUCCAAAGAAAAACAGUCAAGUGAAAAUUGAUGGCAGCUCACUCUGUCUUCACAUUGGAGAAGUCAUAGGUGGUGUUGAUAUGAGGGCAGAGGUUGGUUUUCUGACCACAAAUAUACUUAUUCAAGGAGAAAUGGAAGAGUCCUGCUAUGGACAAUAUCAAUGCCAGUUUUUCUCUUUUGAUACAUUCGGAGGGCACAUUAAAAUCCUAAGGAAUUUUAGCUCUGUUCAUCUCAGAGUGGAACUAAAAAACAUGGGGCAAGAGAUCCUGGGCAGUUACCCUGUGCAUUUUCCCCUGGCUGAGGAUGUGGAUGAGAGAGGGGGAUAUGAGCAUCCAAUGCACCUCAAUAACCUGGCAAUCACCACUGCUGCUCGGGGUGGAACUCACGGCCUUCUGGGCUGUCAGCACAUUCUGGAUUGCAAAUCCAAACAACAGCUUAAUAGAGAAUGCAGUGGCUGGUGCUCAGGAUGUUGGGAUAUGGUGCCUCUUCCACUGGGUCCACCCGGGCACUCUGAGGAAGACACCCAGAGGGACAGGCUGAACACACCCCCCGGGAGUUUUUACAACAGAGUCCCCUCCAAUUUCAAGGCUGGUUUGUUUAUUGGAAAAGGAGUAAAGACAACGAGAGCUGAAGAUCCCAGGGAGUAUCUCACUGUCGAUAAUGCCAGGUUUUGCGCACAUCAAGAUGCUGAUCCUGAAAAGACAUGAGUUCCUGCCAUGAUUGAUGGUCUUAUUGCUCUUAAAAAUAAUGACCACAGGGCCUGGGCCAGGGAUGGUGACAUUAUUUUCUGCAGCUCAGGGUUUUCAGACAAUGGAAUUGGACUCACUCUGGCAAGUGAUGGGACUUUCCCGACAGACAACGGCUCCAGCCUGGAGGUUACAUGUUCCAUUUUUGUUGGAGAAAGCAGCAACUUUGGCUCCCAGGGAGGCCAAAACAGCUACUGGGGAAAAGGGGCAAAUGGAGAACACGGAACACUGCCCAGAAACAAGACAUUCCCUGUCCAUGGAUUCCAGAUUUAUGAUGGGUCUGUCAGGAUGGCAAGAUGCACUUUCAAGAAGUUCACCCUGACUGUUGACAGAUACUCAAGUGCCAUCAGGUUUUUCAUUAUAAACUCCUGGCAAAUCAGCCCUCAGAACAAAGUGUCACAGAUCCUGAUGGAGAAAAGUGUUGGACUGAAAGUGGUUUUUUUGGCAGACCAGGCCAGUGGUUUGGAAACCACGACAAUGAAAAUGUCCAUCUUCCAUGGUGUGGAUGGUUGGCUGACAGGGUAUCCAGACACCUUCAGAGGCAGAGCAGACAAGUCCCUGCUGCCUCAUCCCAGCUCCCUCAGUGUCCCCUGCUGGAAUGGGCUGAUCUGUCCUGGGAAACUCACAGGUAACGGGGCAGCCCAGCCAGCACCAGAUAUUCUGGUGAGGGGAGAGGCAGUGGAGCUGCUCAGCACUACUCACACAAAGGGUGAACAAUAA